AUGCACUCACACAGGUUCUUGAUAGUCACCUCGAUAGGAUUUGACAUUGAGGAAGAUGUAGACCCAAUGUAUUGGUACAGCGGUGCACCUCCUCUCGAUGAUCGGCCAAAGUUCGCAGCCCCAUGGUUCGAGGAUGAUGCUGAACCUGAAAUAUGCACGAUGGUCGGAGGACCGCCCGAUAUGAUAAUCGAAGGUGAACUUGGACCAGCGACUGAAUUGCCAUGGGAAAGAGGUGAUCAAGAGAGAUAUCCUCAAUCUAAAAAACCUUGA